UGUGUUUGUCAACAUUCUAUCGAUCUUGUUUUAUUAAUUAAUUUUAUGAAAUCUGUUUUAUAACGUGAAUCAAUCGAAAAUUUAAACGAAAAAGCAAGUUUUUAAUACAUUUGUUACCAUAAAGUUCUCGCCCUUAAAUUUUAAAACGUUUAGCAUAAGAAAACAACGCAUUUAGCUAUUCUACUUAGAUUUAAUGAAUUUGUGUGAACUAUCAGUGUUAUAAUGUAUGAAUUGUUAUAAAUAUUUAUUGUUCGAAGUGUAUUAAUUAUAGAGCGUGCACUCAGAUUGUUAUCGUAGACCCUUACUUCAAUUGCGGAAGAAAAAUCAAUAAUGCAGUUCCGUUCUUACAUCUACGCCGCAUUCUGUUAAAGAAAAUUAACUAAAACUUAAUCAACAAUAACGAUGUGCCUCAAGAAUACGUUUAUCAUACCGAAUUUAUAAGAAAAAACAUGGAAGGUGUACUUUCUCAGAGAAUGUCACCACUUUUGAAAUGUAUAAUUUUAUUCCUAUUUAUUUUCACGGCGAAAGUGCUCACGUCUCGUCCUCAAGAAUCUACGGAUACCAGGAAUAGCAUUCAUCACGUAAAACCUUCGCAUUAUGUUAGAACUUUCACCAAAUACCACCACCGAAGGACAAAUCAAUGGAAUAACAUGCAUGAUACUGGAUACUGGCCAGUAUAUGAUCACCCCAAACAUAUAGGAAAAAGAAGUGUUCCAAAUUCAAAUGAGCUAAAUACACCUGAUAAAGACUUGAAUCAGUUGGUCUCUGACUCUGUUAGAGGCAACAUCAUUGGAGUGUCUGAUAAAACAGUAGUUAAAGAGGAAAUAACCAAUGAGGUUAAGAAAUAUAAGCCCAAGGUUACUACUGCAGUUCCAACAACUCAGACCAAUAUAACAUGUCUGUAUAAGAUUCAUAAUGUGGCUUUGAGUGUUACUCCAUCCUACAAUGAAGACAAAAAUGCACAGCUUAUGGUGGAAAAUGUCAUAUUUGACACCGGUACACUAUCGGAGAUGACGCUCCCUGAUGGGGAGGUGGUGCAAGUCGAACAAUGCACGGACCCUCGCGCGUAUUGCUACACGCUGUGGCAUCAAGAUAAUGAGGGAAACAUCACUGUACUUGGACAGGGUUGCUGGCGUUCCUCGCACGGUGGGAAUAGCUGCGAUAAAUGCACGCGGGUGACCGCCCGCCUGCCCGGCAGCAAGUUCUGUUGCUGUACAAAGAGCUACUGUAAUGCUGAUUUUACAUCCCUACGCGAAGAAACGGUGACAAUAAAAGCGGAAUCAACAAUGGAAAGCGCGGCAACACACCCGAACUAUUCUAGCGCGGUCGCGGCGGCCAUCUUGGCGUUAGUCGCCAUCUUGUUGAUGGCUAUCGUGUUUAGAAAAGUGUACUGCAAUAGGAUCGAAUUGGAUAAGGAUGAAAUGAGCGAUGGUGUGGAUUUGGAGAAAGGUGACGUCAUGGGCAGUGGUCCUGAUGCGUUAGCAACUGGUCUGUCGUGCGUUGAUAAUCUUACGCUUAUUGAACAUAUAGGCCAAGGUAAAUUCGGUUCAGUGUGGCGCGGGAGUCUAGGUUCGACUCCCGUCGCCGUGAAACUGUACACCAAUCCGAGCGCGUGGCAGAAGGAGGCGGCGAUAUAUGCGAUACCGCAUUUAGCGCAUCCGAAUAUAUUGAGAUAUUAUGGCAGCGACAGUCGUCCCUCAUUAACGGACGCCGGGGGACGGUCCCACCUACUAGUGCUGGAGCUAUGCCCCAUGUCCCUGAGGGAGCGGUUGAUACAGGCGCCAAUAACGUGGUUGGAGUUCGCCACGUUGGCCCAUGGGUUGGCGUCCGCGUUGGCGCAUUUGCAUACGCCAUCUGGCAGCAAGCCCUGUAUAGUACAUCGCGACGUGAACAGUGGUAAUGUGUUAGUGGCCAGCGAUGGCACAGCAAGGUUGGCCGAUUUAGGAUUGGCCCAAGCUUUGACCCCACGCCGGGAUAAUACAGCGCCGAGUCGGAUUACUGAGGCGGGCACGCUCCGCUACCUAUCCCCCGAGGCGCUCGAAGGAGCCCUAGACCUGACCGGAGCCCGGUGCGCUCUAUGCGCGGUGGACGUGUACGCGCUGGGGCUGGUGCUGUGGGAGCUGCUGUGGCGGCGCGCCGGGCCCGCGUACGCGCCGCCCUACCACGCGCACGGCCUGCCGCACAGGCCCACGCUCGCGCAGAUGCAGACGCUAGUGUGCCGUAACAAAGCAAGACCGCCAUUACCACGUGGCCCCGUAUCGGAGGCGAGAGCUUUGAAGAUAGCAGCGGAUACUUGUGAGGAGUGCUGGGAUCAUGAUGCGGAGGCUAGAUUAACCGCUGUAUGCGUGGAAGAGCGCAUGGCUGAACUGAAACUGAUGCUGCUCGUGCAAGGGCCAGUUAUUCAUGAUAACAAUUUACAUCCAAAUCAACCAGAGACAAACACGCAAAUAACACCAAACGAAGUUGACAAGAACUCCAACUGCGUGCCGCUCCAACACGGUGACGUCACAACCCCCCUCCUAUACCCGCACGCACACAUCGGCAGGAACACGUGUAUAGAACGUAACACCAACACAAACACACAGACACACACAGUCGAACUCAUACAUAAGAGCCUCAAAGACAUAACAGCUCCUACGGAACCAAAACCUCCAUCGGUCACCGAAAAUUGUCUAUCCGUAGCGAGGAUCAGCCAUAAUAGAAUGCAUACACAAGAAAAUUCGGACAGAUUGAACGAAAUUCGAUCGUACCAAAGGCCACUAGAUUACGUGCAAAACGACGUAAGCGCCCCCGAAGAAAGAGGCCCGAAACAAACUAACCUAUUGCAAGAGCAAAAAGACAAAAAGUGGGGUAUAAGAAAGUUCUUCGAGAAGAAAUUGAACAAAACACCAAAAGAGACAGAAGUUAAAUUGGUCGCGGAAAAUGUUACGCAAAAUGGCAGAACUAAAACGUCAGUUGUGGAUAAGCCUAGCAACAUUGACUUUGAUAGACCUACCAAUCUCGGUAUACAAGACAGACCCUAUAACUUCGAAGCACCGUGUACAUUAUCGCCGCCAAAUAAAACGCUUUCUCCAACAAUGCUAAUGGAGUCAGACAUGAAUACAGUAUUCAGAGAACUUCCCGCUAGAGAUAACAAUGAUAGGAACCAAAUAUUCGCCGUCAUAGUGCCUAAAGUGAAGCAGGAAUUGAACCAAAACAAAAUUAAAGGCAGUUCUGAAAGUCUGAAUAAGAGAUCGGUCAGAACGUCCAUGUCUUCACAGAGUAUGAAGGCUGGGCAUUCAGAAUCUGAAGAUUCGACUCUGAAAAAGCGUCUAAGCUGUGACAAUCCUAUCAUAAAUAGCGCAGGAUCGUCGCGAGCGAGUAUUAACUUAGAGCUCCAAUAUCUACCCAACCAAACAGACAAUUUUAACAACGACAGUCCGUUCGAUAUGAACUCAGACUGUUCAAGCAGUGAGGACGAACACCUAAUGCUUUUGUCAGAAAACAAUGGCGCGAAAAUAACAAUACAAACUGUAACAAAACCAAGUGAAAACGAUAAGAAAAAACACCAAAAUGACGUCCUAAAAGAAGCGAGUCACACAAAAACUGACUUCACGUUCAAUAAAUUCCAAAAUAAAUACACGAAUUUCGACAAUGAAUUCAGCGAUUCAAACGAUAAAGAGAACUUAGUCAAUGGUUAUAGCGGCGAUAAUCCCGUGUACAUAGCGGCUCUGAACGGGGAAAUAGACACGAGUGAACUAAAAAUCUUGGAAGAGCAAAAGAAACCGUCUUUAAAAUCUCUAGCAAUCAAACGGCAACACUCUUUAGAGCAAGUUAACGAGAUAUUUUCCUCCUCUGGUGAUUUAAACUUGCAGAAUCCUGCUGGAAGGGUAAAAACGCCAGGGGACUUGCCAGUCGCUAUACGCAGGGCCAGAAGGGACAGGGCCCUGCAAAAGGGCAGGGCCAGUGAAUGCAACAGGUUGAGCUUGUAUGACGACAGAAUGAUGUUCGGAAACAGUCUUUAAUUUUUAUGCGUUUUUCAGAAAAAAUAUUGGUGUAAAGUCACGUAUUUGUGUUGACUUUGUUAAGCAACAGUUGAUUAAUGUUGCUUAAGUUAAUACGUAACAUGUUAAUAGCAACUUUACAACAUAUUGAUUCAACUGUGUUGCUAAAUGACUUUUCAACAUGCAUUAUCAAGUCUGCAACACGCAGUACUGUGAGCAACAUGUUAACAACAAAUCAGUAACAUUCAACAUCGUUGUUAAACUACUUUUCAACGCGUGUUAUCAACUCUGCACGAGCAGUGUUGUAAGCAACAUGUUGCCAACAAUUAUGCAACAUAUUUCAAUUUAAUUUUGUUGCUAUACAACUUUUCAAAAUGCUUUAUCAAGUCUGCAACAAGCAGUGUUGUUAGCAACAUGUUGACAACAACUCCGCAACAUUAUGUUGCUUAACAAAUGUUAACUAUGAAUAUGGGGCUUUAUCUAAAUAAAUAGUUAAGUUUACAGGCAUUCCAUAAUAAAAAAUACCACAUUGCACUUGCAAGUUUAAAAAUGGCGGGUUUUUUGGCUUUUUUAUAUUAUAAUUAUUAUAUAGUGUGUUACUGUAUAAGUGUAGUUUUUUUGACUUUGCUUUCUUUUAAAGCGGUCUGAGAAUUUUAUACACAUUUAAAAGUUUUUUACUUGCACUAUUACUUUUUUAAACACGUUUCUUAAUUUAUAAAUGUUAUGUAAUUUUUAUUAUAUGACUUAUUGAAUAUAUUACCACUUAUUUACAGGUUUUUGUAUUUAAGAACUUUUUUUGCUAACACUAAUUGAUUUCAAAAAAAUCGUAAAAAAUAAUUACAUCAAUAAUUCGUGUAAAAUUAUAAAAAAUAAGAAAAAAAUGUUUUUAAAGAUUUCGACAAAAUUUAGUUUUUUUAACAAGUCAUGGAGUAUUUUUUUUAUCAAAACUGCCGUUUAAAAUGUUGCUAAAUGCUGGUAAAUAUGUUGAAGUUCUAUUCAAACAAACAAUAUUUUAUUUUACGCACAUAUUUUUUUCAACACAGAAACAUAGAUAAUAAAUAUAUCGUAUAAAACAAAAUUAAAAAAAUCGUUGCAUAGAUAUUAUUAUGUUCUAUUGCAUUUACACUUAUAUUAGCAAUCAUAGAAAACACAUAUUGUUGUAUAAUUUUUUAUUUGUUUUUUAUUUGCAAAUAUUUUCAAUAAAAUCGAGUUUAAAAUAAUAAAAAAUAUUCUUAAAGUUCGUUACAAUGUUGCUAAUGAUGCUGUCUCUCUCUUACACUGAUGUAUUUGUUGUUUAAGAGAGAGAUAGCAUUAAUUUUUUUUAUGUCUUAUGAGAUCAACACAUGAAAAAACAUUAUUGUAUUUUUAUUUGAAGGCGAAAUAAACUUUCAUGAUUUUAUUAAUAAAAAGGUUAUUACUUAAAUUGAGUGUCAAAAAGUAUAACGCGUCUAACGUCUUAAAAUUGUAUACAAUUAUUAUAACUCUCUUAUUUUAAUAUUUUAUUUAUAAUCUAUCUUAUGUCAAUCGUCGUUUAAAAAUUGGCUGACACAUUAUUACAAAAAAUAUAGAUUUUGGAUAAAGCAUUUCAAAAUUGUGUCCAUACAGAUGAAAAAAAAGAAAAAAAAAUGUUCGCCGUGAAAAAAUAUAUUUUAUCAUAAAAUACUCUUAGAUUGAACGUAGCCGUAGGUAGAAAAUAGUACAAACCAGAUCUUUAGUAAUAAUGUUAUAAGCACUAUAAAACAAUAUAAUUCCAUAGAACCUAUCCUAUGAUGUGAGUUGAAUCCCUAUUCCAUUCGUAUUAUAAUUAUUAUGAAUUAUUACCUCACAUUUACAUUAAGAAUUUACAUUAGUGUUAAAAGUUUAAUAUUUUAGCGUCGCGAGCGCCUCUAGCGGCAAAUGUUGUUACUAAAAACUACCAAUAAAAAGGAAAGAUAUAUUUGUCUAUUUCACUCAUUGUAUACAACAUUGAAUGGAUAUCUGCUACCUAUAUCCGGUAUCUCACUUGCACUUAUAAAACAAUUGUCUGCUAUGACGAUUUUAAGGACCAAGUGUUUAGAAGUAUAUUUGUCUCCCUCGCUCUGUGUAUAAAACAUAGAAGGCUGUCUCUUUUGCACUCGUAAAAAGGUUAUGCCAUAUAUUAAUAUGUUAAAUUUAAAGUUGAUUCCGAAAUUGGCCACUAGGGGCGCUGUAGACGACUCGCUUCUAUCGCAUUUAAUAUAAUAUUUGGCGUUAAAAUCUCAAAAAUAUUAAUUUCUCUCUACAAAGUUGUACCUAAAGUGUAUUGUAUUGUCUUUAAGUGUAGUAUUUUGUAAUGACAUGAAGUUUAUGCUGUCUGCGUUUCUGUUUUAAGAUAACAUCACAGAAUAAUGCAUCUUAUUCUCUGAGAAAUAAGAUUGAGAAUUCUUUGAUUACGAUCUAUAAGAAGUGCGUCUAACAUUGUUGUGAUCUUAAAACAGAAAUGGUUUUGCUUUAAAUUAUUAUAUUUAAGUUAAUUUAGCCUUCCAUUAUUGUUUUUUCUUUUGUUUUUGUGUUGAUGCUUUGGGGUCCAAAUAAUAAUUAUUAUUUUGUAUUUGAAAUAACAUCGAUUUAAAAUAGAACAUUCAAAAUCUGAAAGAAUUUCAAACUGUAUUUUUGUGUUGUUAUUACAAACUGUAUUUAUUACAACAUUCCAAGUUUUGUUUUUAUAAUAAUUUAAUAUCUUUGUAUAACAUCAAUUCAUUUUUUUUUACAACGCGUCCUAUAAUAUGUAUUUAGUUCAUAUUUUAAUUGUUUGGUUACUAUCUGCACCAAUACGACCUAAAGAAUGAGAAAGAUAACAUGCAGGUGGCUUCCGAUGAGUAAACGAAAUAAAAAGCUGCCAAUUUGAAAAUUAAUAUUUACUGAUAUAUGUAUUUCUCAAAUAACUAAGAAUGUUAGAGACAGACAGAUAAAACGCUAUUAAAUAUAUAUUUUUUAAUAUCCCUAGUUAUUUGUACCCCAAUGCAAAUCCAUUUUGAAGUACAAGAAUUUGUUUUGUAUCCUUUUUUUAUUGUUUUAUGUUAUUUAAUUUAGUUAAAUGUGAUUUAAUUUGUAUAUAGUUAAGUUGAUUACGGGCCAUGUUAGAUUUUCGUUAAGUUUAUUUUAAAUUCGAUAUAUUACGUACGUUUUAUUUUGAGACAGUGAUUUUAGGUAAGAUGUUUGUUUCUAAUAAAGGGACAGAGAAAAA